AUGGGAAGUGGUGCUUCAAGAACCUCCAACCACUUUAAACCACAACAACAUCAUCAACACCAACACCAACACCACAACAAUAUCAACAAUAAUGAGGACAAUCACUCGCUAAUGAUCAUGGACAAUGAAUCAAAAAUUGAACUCGUCAUUGAGGGGGUUCCAAGCACACCUCAGAGUGGAAUCUUCCGAAGUAUUGCAUCAUCAUCAACACCACAACACUAUCAACAACAACAACAACAAUACCUCUCACAAGCUCCCCCCACAAGCUAUUCACUUUCGGUGAGCAGUAGCAGGAGACAAUCCCUUAAACCAACGAAUGGCAACAACGCUGAAAUCAGUAAGUCGCUGGACGCUGAUUUUCGAGAUGGCUCCUUGAGUGCACGACGGCAGCACGAAUAUCGAUCUCUUUCCGCUAGUAAUAUAACAAGAGCUUCCCUAGUUACAAUGCUAGGAAGGUCCUUUUCCACUAGGCAUGCAAGUGGUGAUCAUGAUGAUGAUGAAUCAUUUGUAGGAUCUAUACUUCGGGAGAAUAGCACACAAUCCUUCGCGGGUUCAUCUUUGUUAAGGGCAGACGACUUAUUGAGUUUUCAUGGUGACAUUUUGUUGGAUGGAAAACCAUUAUUGGUUAGCUUGAUGAUCAACAAUAUGGACGAAUUAAUAAUUUUUACCUCGGAUUUGAAAUCCAAAUUUUACGUUUACGAGACUUCUUAUCAAAGAUUUUUGCAAAGAUUCUACAGCAAUGACGACUCUGCAAUAUCAUUGUCGGCCCAAUCUAGACAUAGAAGAAUGCUAGACAUGUUAACUUCUGCUUUCAGCUCACAAAGUUAUUCUCUCGCUUCUGAUUUAGAGACCUCCUCUUCCUUAAGAAUGAGUCUAACACUAAGAUAUCCUCCUGAAGAUAUUGAUAAGACUGUCAUUUUUAGAUUAUUUGAACAUAUUCCUGAUUUGACCGAUUUAUCGAGCCAAAUGGUGAACAGCUCAUUUUGUAAAUUAGUGACUUCUUUUUAUGCCUAUUAUCAAGGUUUUUCAAAGCAUGUCAGAGCUACUUUUCAUCGAACAAAUAUUGUUCCAAGUUUUACGGUAAACACAGACUAUGGAACAGUAGGCCCUUUGGAAGAGAGCGAGCCUUCGGAAGAUGGUGUUGUUCGAAUAGAGAAGGAUGACGAAGACAAGCAAAAUCAGACAACAAAAACUCAAAAUACCUCAACUCCUCCAACAACUUCGAUUGAACCUCCUUCACCUACACAAAAUAUAUCAGACAGCGUCAACCUCAUGUCUAUGAUACAUCCUCAAGACACCUCAAUGUCGAUGUCAAUGUCGCUUCAACAGCCAGAAGAGCCUCCGACAAUGCAAGUUCAAGAAGUGAUAAAAUUCUUGCAACAGAUCCAUCAAAAUGAGUCCAUAACCUGUAUAGACAAACAAAAGCUCUCGCUAGUUAUACAGACUAUUGCAAAAACAUUGGAUGUUUCAGAGGAAGAACAAAAACCCACUCAAGUAAGCCAUGACAACGAGGUCAACGCUUUCAUUUCCACCUUUGUUAAACCAAGAACAAAAGAAAAAGCUGGAUGGAAGACGAUUGCAAAUUUAAUCAGAGUAGGAAACAUAUUUAAAAGACAGCCUUUGGAAGGUGCAUUAUCCUUGCUUGAAAGUAAUCCUGACGUUCAAGAAUGUAUGAAAAAUGUUGAACGAUAUGAUUUUGAUAUUUUUGUUUUGAAUGACGCUUCGAAAGGAAAUCCUCUUUAUGUUGUGGUUCACUACUUUUUAAGGAAGUACAACCUGAUUGAACAUUUUAAUAUUGACAAAGAAGUUUUACACACUUUUUUACGACAUGUUGAACUGAACUAUGGCACUAAUCCUUUCCACAACCACAUUCACGCUGCUGAUGUUUUGCAUACCUUUAUGUUUAUUUUGGAAGCUAUUGGAAUAAUACCGUUGUUGUCCUUAGAAGAAUUGUUGGCUGUAAUUUUGGCUGCAACAAUGCACGAUUUCCAACAUCCAGGAACGACGAAUCAAUAUCAAAUUCAGUCAUGUUCUGAUCUUGCCAUUACUUAUAACGACAAGUCGGUUCUCGAGAGUCACCAUGUUGCAUCUUUCUAUACCUUACUGAAGAAUGACAAGUAUAAUAUUUUGAGAGGUCUAACUGCAAAGCAAAGGAGAUACGUGAGAGAAAUUGUGAUAGGUCUUGUUGGCGCUACAGAUUUAUCUUUUCAACAAGGUUUCAUGAAUCAAAUGCAAGCAAUGAUGGACGUCGGAAAGCAGAACUCUGAGCUUUUGGCGCAAGAAAAAAUUUUCUUUUUAAAGAUGAGUCUCAAAGUUGCUGACACAUCAAAUACGUCCAAACCCCUGUUUUUGCAUCUGCCUUGGAUUAAUAGAUUACAACAAGAAUUUUUCUUACAAGGUGACAAAGAAAAAGAGCUUCACCUGGAUGGUAGCCCAUUCAUGGAUAGAGACAGAAGUAAUGUUGCGAAAUGUCAGCAUUCUUUCAUUGAAUAUGUUACCUUGCCGUUAGUAACCUUAUUUGUGCAAAAAUUUAAGGAGUGUCAUAUCAUACUUGAAUAUUCAAUUCUUGUGAAGGAAUUUUGGACUUGCCAUAUUGGAGUGACAACGCUAAGCGAGGUUGAACAAUUAAUACGGAAAGAAUUUGAAAAAACUGGGCGAGAGCUUUCAUAUAGUCAUAUCAAUAUCUAUCCGAUUAAUCCUAUUGCUCCACUUCAUAAUUAA